CACACAUGCGCACUGAACGCUCUCUCCGCCCAUAUCGACAAGACACGCCCCUUGCUGCUCAUUGGCUACACGUUGUUUUGUUUUUGUUUUGAUUUUUGUUUAGUUUUCGGCCCUGCCUUUCAGGUCAUUAAUCGUAGUUAAAAGAUCUGUAGUAGUUGAUUAAAAUGAUGCGUUAAGGUUAAGUCUAAAAGUGAACACCAUGACCUUGAUCAAAAAGGUCAUGAGGAACCGAUUGGCCUUUGGUCAUUGAUGAUGUGUUCGGUACACCGCGCUCCUGCCCCUAUCAGGGGUGAUACUGACCAGGUAGAACCUGGACGAGCUACAUAGUGAUGCCCUUCUCAGUGCUUCUCAGACCUAAUGAAGUGACACCUCACAGUAGUGUCCAUGUGGAUGAAUAUCUUCUGAGCAGAUCCCAACGUUCUGAACGACAUCACAAGACUUUAGGUCUCAUCAUGGAAUCAAUAGAGGUCCGACUGUGCUACUCCCCAAGACCUCCACAAGCUCCUGCUGGCUCACAGCUUUGUGAGGACGUGCAGACAGAAACCUGUACAGAUUCAGACGGAGGGACAUCAGGCUCUGUGGGACAUGAGGACCAUGAAAAACAUAUAAAAAAGGAAGAAGCAGAAGAGGAAGGCUACGUCUGUGACACACCAUCAUGUCCUGUGACAUGCAUCACAACUGUGGCUGACGACAUACAAGUAAAAAAGGAAGAACCUGACGAUGAAGACUCUCUCUUUGGAGAGGCAUCGGGCUCAGUGGAAACCAUGGAGCAGCACAACAGAGGAUUUCAAAUGAAGUGUGUAAAAGUGGAAGAGUCUGAUGAUGAAGAUUACCUCUGUACAACUACAGUCUGUGAAAUGAACAAUGCCCAGUUUCAAGUCUUCUCCUGUUCCUGCUGUUCACUUUCCUAUACAUCUCGAAUUUACCUCCACAAACACAUCAGAAGACACCACUAUGAGGAAUACGACCGCUUGCUAAAACUGGGAGAGAUCAAAGAUGAGAAUCUUCUGACCGCAGGAGGCUCCGGGACUCAGGAUCCAGUCUCAGGUACAGACAGCAGGAACUCCUCUGAUCAGCGAACGCAGAAGGAAGUCUAUCUGUGCUCGGAGUGUGGGAGGAGUUUUACCGAUCAGAGUAAUCUGCGACGUCACCAGCGCAUUCACACAGGAGAGAAGCCACAUCACUGUCUGCAGUGUGGAAAGAACUUCAUUCGACAGAGUGAUCUCCAGAUACACCAGCGUGGUCACACAGGAGAGCGGCCAUAUCACUGCUCGCAGUGUGGGAAGAGUUUCACAACCAAAGGCAAUCUCCAGAUACACCGCUCAGUUCACACAGGAGAGAAGCCCUACCAUUGUCCAGAGUGUGGCAAGAGUUUUGCCCAGCAGGGUAAUCUCCAACGGCACCAGCGCAUUCACAACGGAGAGAAACCGUAUCACUGCUCACAGUGUGGGAAGAGUUUUAAUCAACAAAGUACUCUUAAAGCACACCAGUUUAUUCACACAGGACAGAAACCUUUUGGCUGUUCUGAGUGUGGGAAGAGUUUUGCCCAACACAGUAAGCUCCAACGACACCAGCACAUCCACAAAGGGAAAAAAACUCGUCACUGCUUCCAGUGUGGAGAGAGUUUUACAACCAAGGACGGUCUCGUACAACACCAGUGCGUUCGCUUAGCCGAGUCGAUGUUUCAGUGCGUACAGUGUGGACGAGGAUUUACUAAUUCAGGAGCUUUUAACAUGCACAAGUGCUCCAACGUGGACCCGUCGCUUUAGUGUACAACCUUCAAUCGUUUGAUUCUGCUCCCUGAAAAACUGACCUAAUACUAUUUAUGAUCGUUUGUUGUUUAUAUGAAUGACAUAAUCACUAUAUCGUCAAAAAGCUUCUCAUGUCUGACACCAUCCUUCCACUCACUCAGUCCAUUAGGUUAAUGGGAAGAAGAGAAAAUUAAAAGAUGGAUCGGAUGGAUUUUCUGUGUGUGUUGUGUGUGUGUGUGUGUGUGGUGUGUGUGUGUUUGUGGCUGUGUGUUGUGUGUG